GAGAUGUCAGUAGGGAGGACCCAGAUAUAUUAUUGACGUUAUUCCAGACUGUGCGCAAGAGAUACUUCUCAUCAGACCUGCAGUGAACUAUAGAGCAAAGAAUGGGAAGGAGUAUACGUGGUGUUUUUAACGCUGAAAGCCUGUCCGUCUCCACCGAUCACCGACUUUUGCUUUUCAGCUGUACAUUCAGGAGGGACUAGCUUCUGGAAAGCAAGCAAGCUAGCAGUAGAGGCUAGCUCCGCAGCGAGGCUAGCCUGCUAGCAAAACUGCUGCCUUUAUUGUGGCCCGCAACGAAACACCCAGCUAGCAUCCGUCGCAUGCACAGAAAGAGAAAAUGGUGUACCUGUUGAAUCCUAUAGAGAACCUUAGAAGCUACAUCAACAACCGUCCACCACUGGUCAUUUUUAUGAUCAGCGUCAGUGCAGUGGCGAUCGCCUUCCUGACCAUCGGUUAUUUCUUCAAGAUUAAAGAGAUAAAGUCUCCAGAGUUGACAGAGGACUGGAACACCUUUCUGCUGCGCUUCAAUGAGCUGGACUUUUGUGUGUCGGAGAAUGAAACGAUAAAGCACGGUCUGAACGAGUCCACCACACCAGAGAGCAUGGUCGUGACCAGCGGCCAAGCUCGUUCCAGCACCCAGGCUCCGCUCCUGCUGGAGGACUCGGGUCCCAUCAACAUCUCAGUCCCCAUCACCCUCACGCUGGACCCCCAGCGCCCGUUCGGAGGGUAUUCUCGUAAUAUCACUCACCUGUACGCCACAGUGCUGGGGCAGCAAGUUGGUCUAUCUGGCCGGGAAGCCCAUGAAGAAAUAAACAUCACUUUCACCCUGCCUGUAUCCUGGAAUUCAGACGACUGCGUGCUGCACGGACACUGCGAGCAGGUGGUGUUCAGCACUUGCAUGACCAUCACAGCGGCCAGCAAUAUCUUCCCAGUCACAGUGCAGCCGCCACACUGCGUGCCGGAGACGUACACCAAUGCCACAUCCUGGUACAAGGUGUUCACCACAGUCCGUGACUCGGAUACCAAGUACAGUCAGGACUACAACCCGUUCUGGUGUUACAAAGGAGCCAUCGGCAAGGUGUACCACGCACUCAACCCAAAGCUUACUGUCAUCGUUCCAGAUGAUGACCGUUCUCUCAUCAACCUGCAUCUGAUGCACACUAGCUACUUCCUGUUUGUCAUGGUCAUCACUAUGUUCUGCUAUGCAGUCAUUAAGGGGCGGCCCGGCAAAGUACGACAAACCAACCCUGACUUCUGCCCUGAGAAGGUACAACAGACACCAGCAGUGCUAUGUGACGUGAACAGGUGGCGUUGUCAGAGAGUUAAAAAGUCAUCAGAGAGCUAUGUCAGAACUUACCUGUAACAUGGACAAACUCAAAGAAACAGAAGAAAUAAAAAUAAACAUACCAGUUGCCUAGUGAACCCUGGAAAUACAAUAAGGGACACAAAAGCUCUGUGAAUGCAUUACUCUUGCAAUGUUGGGUUUCUCCAACCAAAGAUAUACAAGUGCCUGUAUCUGUGGUGUAAAUAUUUGUAGGAACUCUGAUAUUCUGUGCAAAACCUUUUUUUUUCUUUUGGUUUAUUAUUAUAAUUAUUAUUAUCAUUAUUUUGCCUGAGUCCCCUUGUGCCAUGUCAGAACAUGCAGUACGUAAACAAAAGCAAAAGGCCAGAUUCAAGAACUACAUUACCAUUUUUCUACCAGUCAUUUAGUCUUUUUUUUUUUUUUUUUUUUUUUUUUAAAGCUAGAUAGAGAAAAAAAAUUCCUUUCCAACUGCAGAAGUGGGUCACACUAUACAUUUUAUAGCAACUAUCAUGUAAAUGUUUGUUUACAGAAGGUUUUGAGAUAUUCAAAGUGUUUUUUCUCCUGUGAUGAGAGAGCAUGGUGUUUAGUCACUUAAAAUAUGUUUUUUAAGUGAACUGCAUAUGCUUAAAUACCUGGGUUGAGAUAUUUGCUUGAGGAUGAGAUGCUUGUGAAUUAAAUCAAAAGUAUGCACUUGGCAUUGCAGCUUCAACAGGGAAGAGAAUGAAUGUAGCAUGUUUCUCUGCACCAAACCCAAGAGUCUGAUCAGAAUUGGGACAUUUCAUGAACUCCAUUCAAAAAGCAGCUUUGUGCAAUUAGUUCAUUUAAUUGAAUUUAACUCUCAAUCAUAUUCUAUCUCAGCCAAAUUAAAUAUCCAUUUCCCCUGUGUGACUGCAGUGUCAGUGAACAAGGAGUAAAGUAUUUAGAUAAUUGCACUGCGCACAUUAAUGUACAAACAAAAUACACCAUCAACAGUGAAAUUAAUGAGUCCCAUUUUAAUAGCAGUUAAAUCAGCUGCAGAACCUGUGGUUUGUGUUGAGAAUUAGUUCUUAUUUUCUUAUUUUGAGACAAGUAGAUGUCGUCACACUUAAAAUAUGAUUUUCUGCCUUUUGUUUUCUUUCCUCCGUGGCUUCAUCAACUCACCUGCCUCUUCGUCUUCUAUCAGCUGCCACUCGCUCUGCCGCGGUUGUGUGGUUUUGGCUUCUAGACUCGUGAUGUUCGAUACAGUCUUCUUUGUUGCACCUGGAUGAAGCGAAACAUUAUCUUGCCUUACCUACAGUACGAUAUGAUUGACUUGCUUGCUUAAAAAUAGGCGGGGAGAUCGUUUUCUCUCUUUCCAACAUUAGCUUGCCAGUCCCUUCUUCCACAGCCAUCUUUCUCUUUUUUGUUCUAUUCCAGUCUGAUGAGCCUGUGGUUUGAAAUCUAAAGUUGUGAUCUGUGUCCUAUUAAUGUAAAUGUCAAGUGGCCCUUGAGUUAUUAUAUUUUUAAGAGGCUUUUGAAUUACUCGUGCUUUUAUUUUAAGCAAGUCAAUAUCAGUUGCACGUGUUCAAGUGUUUGCUUAGUUAGUGCACCUUCAGACUUCUUGCACAUUUUGUGUUAUUCGCUCCCGCAAAGAAAUAAAAGAUAAAAAAUAAAAAAAAAUUGUCCAAGGUCACAUGUAAAUGUUUGAUGUUGAACAAACAAGU